AUGGCGGACGACCUCGACUCGAUCGUCAAAGGCGCUCCCCUGCCCGGUCGGGAGGAGGUGGCCAAGAGCGUCGGCGGCACGAGCCCCGUGUCGGCAGCGGCGGCGGUCAAGCCUGGGGACCCGCUGGUGCACACGCCGAGCUCGCCAUCCAUGAUCUACCUCAACCUGCUCGUGCUCGAGGCGUCGCUGCGGGCGCAGUACCUGGAGCUGCGCGCCCGGCGCCGUCACCACGGCUUCUUCCUGACGCUGCUCACGCUGUGGACGGUUGGGUUCGGGUACGCGCUCUUCUUCGCGCCGCGUGAGGACGGCCGCGGAAUUGGUGGCUCCGUCUACUGGGUCGUCGAGGUUGCAGAGCGUGUCUGCUUCAUGGGAGGAGUCAUCACGGUGAUACUGGUCUGGGCCACGGGCAUCUGGGACCGCGGUGUGCGGUGGCCGCGCCGCUGGUUCAACAUCUCCAACCGCGGCCUGCGCGGCUUCAACCUAAAGCUUGUUGCCGACAAGCGACCUUGGUGGGCUGAAGCCUUUUCAACCUUCGCCUGGAUCGUGAGGUACGGCAUUUUUUCUAGCAGCGGUGGCCACCCAGGCUCAUCUUAUCGCUGGGUCGAUCCGUCCGUCUUACGCGAGGUCGACGCCGAGCUGAAGCUGUCGGCCCAGGGCCACCCAGUCCUCCCCAUUGUGAGCGAGGACGAGGAGCGCGUGGGAGGCCCGGGCAUGGGUAUAGGCAUGCCCGGAAUCAGCGGCACGGGCAGCAUGAGCGGACACGAGGAGGACCUUGCGCCCGGUGGCGAUUAUGUCAAGCUAUUGCUCCUUGCCAAGCCCUUCAGCCCAACCUUUCGCGAGAACUGGGAGCUCUACCGGACAGAGUAUUGGGAGCGCGAGAACGAGAGACGUGCCCUCAUGGGCGUCAAGCUCAAGGAGCGCGACCGCCGCCUGAGAAAGGAGCGCGGUGGCUGGCUUUGGUGGCUGCCUUGGUACCGUGUGGUUGAGACCGGGCCGCCGGCUGGAGUGCACCAUCUCCACCACCACCACCAUCACCAUCACCAUCAUCACCAGCUUGUCAGUGAGAAGGGGUCGCUUGCUUCGCGCCACGGACUAGGAUCCGAGCUCCGGGAGCACCGGCGGUCGCGCAGUGGCAGUGUACGCAGGGGCAGCAUGUCCAACAGCAAUACACCGUCGCGAAGUCCCACGCCGACAGUCGAGAUAGACGAGGCGGUCGGCGGCGGUGGAAGCGGGGUGUCGCGCAGGGCCAGCACAGCCUCCAACGCAUCCGAGAUACGGCGGAAGAAGAACCUGUCCACGUCUGGCUCACAACGGUCGCAAAAGCGGCCCGAGUCAAGGUCUGUCACGCCAGAUAUUCCGUCGCCGCUCGCCAAGGAGGCCGUCAGCGGGAGUCCCGGCAAGGAGGCGACGUCGCCGGGCGGUGAUGAGAGCGUGCGUCAGGCCAGGAAGUCGUCCUCUCGAUCGCCAGCACCGUCGAUUUCAUCCAGGGAGUAG